AUGGCUACCUCCGUCGCUUGUUUAUGUGGAGGCAUAUCAGUAUCAGUUGACCUGGAUUCUACAAUAGAUCAUACUCAGCUCCAACUAUGUCAUUGCAACAGCUGCCGCGCGGUGACCGGGCAACUUUGUUCGUCAUACUAUGUCCUUCAGCAUGAGCCAACCCUUGAUGGCCUCCAGAAAUACCAACACACCAAAGAUGUGAGCUACUUCUUCUGCAAGACCUGUGGUGCUCACGUCUUCGCGCAUUCCGAGCCCAACGGCCAUUUUCUACUUGCUUCGGGGUUAUUAGCAGCAAAGGACUACCCUGCAGUGCAGAGGAUUGAGCACUGGAAACAAAGUGACAGUGGAGAUGGUGGACUGAGCACAUUGCUAGCUGGAACAAGUCUGCUGUCUCAAGCAGUCGGCUUCAUGCAUACAGCUCAAACAACCAGCAGAUACAGAGACAACGACCAGUGA